AUGGUGGAAGAAUUCAAUGAAGAUUACGACUGCUGGGGCUGGUUUCAGACCUGUGAGGAGAAUAUCUUACGCAAUUUAGAGGAACGGCAGGAACGACAUCUGAUGAAGCGCUACAAUUACAAUUACAGUAAUCGGUCGAAAGUUCCGGUUGAAUUAAAAAUUCCGACUGAGGCUCUUGAAGAGAUCUUAAAUCUGCAGCCCUUGGGUAUGUUUCUAUACCUGGCAACUGAGACUAAACCCGACUUUUUUGUCGAUCAAAUUGGUCCCAACGAUGAAAUGGAACGCGUGCUAGUCUAUACGCGCAUAUUGGUUACACUGUGUGAUCUAGAACUUCCUGGCUUUCACUAUGAUAUACUCAGCAAAGUGGCGUCGUGUACACCGCUCUUGGAGCACUAUGAGGAAAUCGUGAGAAAGCUAUGCACCAAGAGUUUCCGCACCAUGUGGAGUGACUUGGAGCGAGUGGACAACAUCAUUUGCUACCUGCAAACCUUAUUGCUACAGGCACAACGGGCGGGAGUUCUGGAUAAGAAGGCAAUGCACUUACUUUUCAAGAUCUGGAUGUACCUGAAGGAUAACAAGAAUCCAUUAAUCGCAGAGAGACCCGUGUGUGUUCAGUUCCUUCAGGGUCUAAAUGAUCUGUUCAACGUUGACCAGGAUGUGUUGUCUGAGCCAAAACCUGUAGCUGAGAUUUAUCCCAGCCUGGAGGAACUUAAGCAGUGGAUAUCGAAGAAAGCGGAUGCUUAUGCUGAUUACCCAAAAUUGAUAAUUAACUACAAGAGCACCACACAGUAUAUAAAUAGUCAACGUUUGUUUCUGCGCCAGCAGUUUUUAAUUCCAUUACGGGAACUUGUGCGCACGCUUCACAAAAAGCGUAGCCUUCAGGAUAUUAAGCCGAUGCAAGUUGCUUUUGAGAACGUGCAGAUAAAGCUGAAUAAGAACUGUGACGAUGCCCAUAACAGCCAGUUGCUAUUCAUUGAUUUGUUGGCUCUGCAACGUCAGUCAGGUGACAGUAAAAAAGUUAAGCUUGAUAAACUUGACAUGGACUCAUUGUUAAAGCUUAAAAAUGGCACUCUACUUUGCCUAAGCACGGGCUAUGAUUUCAAUAAUCUAAUACUGGCCACCGUGGUUGCCAUUGAUGCCAAACAGCAAUGCCGAGGAUAUAUAGCUAUUACCAUAUUGCGACAGUUUAACAUAGGCAACAUUUAUAAGAAAAAGCUAAUCGUGUUCGAAACGCCCGUCUACUUUGAGCCUUUUGAGAAAGCCUACAGAUAUCUGAUCAACAGCAACGUUAUAAACUUUCCCAUGGAGGAUUAUAUUGUGCAUGGCGUGAACCGAACUCAACCGCCUCCCUAUUUGAGUCAAACUCAGCCGCCGAAUGUAUACGAAAGUCAAAAGUUUAAAAACAAAAUACGCAAAAUGCCACUAAAUGUCUCGCAGCGUGAGGCUUUUGAGAAUGUGCUACGAACAAACUUCAAUUUGAUCCAAGGUCCUCCUGGUACGGGCAAGUCUCAUGUAUUGCUGCAGCUUGUAAACACUAUACUGGAGAAUGCCAAACAAUGUGCACCCAUUGUUGUUAUAACGUAUACCAACGAUUCACUGGACAAGUUUCUGGUCAAGCUCAGCGCGCAUACCAACAGUAUUGUGAGAUUUGGUCGCCAGUCUCGAAUACCAGAAAUUGCCAAGUUUAAUGCACGCUCCGAUACCAACAAGCAUAUGAUCAAUCCAAGACUAAAGCGCUUAUACUGGAGGGUAAAUAUGGAGAUAAAGGAUAACUUCAAGCGUCUACAGUCACUGUAUGCCACAUAUAAUGACACCGAUAAAGCCUAUGCUGACAUCUUGGCCACGCAACGUGUCGUUUGGAAUGCGCAGGAGAAACUUAAUUGCAUACGGAUGAUAUUCCAGCACUAUUUAAUUGUUAAGAAGAACGUGCUGGCCAUGACAACCACGUGCGCAGCGCGCAUGAACUUUGUCUUUCGUUUUCUUAAGACCCGAAUUGUUAUUUUCGAGGAAGCUGCUGAAAUUCUGGAGGCACAUAUUUUGCCCUGCUUGACGCCCUACACGGAGCACGUGAUUAUGAUCGGUGACCACAUGCAACUGAAGCCAUUCAUUAGCUAUAUUAAAGGCUUCAAAAAUGGCACGAUUCAUCCGUCAUUGUUUGAGCGUUUAAUUCGCGCCGAUUUCCAUGUCAACGUAUUGAAUACUCAAUAUCGCAUGCGUAAUGCUUUUGUGGACUUGCUGUGUCCUCUGAUUUAUAAGAAGCUAUUAAGUCAUAAUUCAGUGCGAGAAUUUCCAUCCGUUCGCAACAUGGCAAUGAAUCUUUAUUUUCUUGACCAUCGUAAGUCUGAGACACAAUUCCAUAAUACCUACCUCAUGAAUGUGUGGGAGAAGCAACAAGUCUAUUUAAUAGUAAAUCAUUUGGUCAAAGUCAGCGGCUAUAAAAGCACGGAAAUUGUGGUUCUGACUCCCUACUCCAUGCAGGUUGACUCAAUUAAAAACACAUUAUCCAGAGAUUCAGAUUUAAAAGAUAUUGGAGUUCACACAGUUGAUAGCUUCCAGGGCCUUGAAGCAGAUAUAGUCGUGCUGUCACUGGUACGCAGUAAUGAACAUGGAAACAUUGGAUUUCUAUCGCUGCCCAAUCGCAUUUGCGUUGCAUUGUCCCGCGCCCGCUAUGGUCUUUAUAUCAUUGGCAACAUGGAGACACUAGCUUAUAAUUCAAUAACUUGGCGUGAAAUUCAAAAAAGGUUGGAGCACCAAAAUGCCAUUGGGGACGAAUUUCCUUUUGAGACAGGCGUAUGAAUAUUAUCACAUAAGCAUUUCAGAGUUGUAAAGAAUGUAAGCUACAACUAUCAAGAAUAUUGAAUAAAAAGUAUUGUUUUUGAUACA